AUGGGCCUGGCAUGCGGCACAUCCAACCUCCCGCAAGCGACGAACGUCCCGACGAAGGAUCCGGAAGGCGAUGACAACUGGAAGGCUUUGCUGACGGCCACGAGUCCAGCUGCACCAGCUGAUCAACCUUCUGCAAAUCUUAGGGGUGAGAAGCAGCACCCCGGAGAAUCACCCACGCCAUUGGUAGAUGCCGGGGCAUCACCUGAUGAAGCCUAUGGGUUGUUGGAUGAGUAUGUUGAUGACUUGCUCGGCAUUCCUUGGCAAGACCGUCCAGUCGCCUGGAGUCGCCCUUCCUGGCAAGAGACAGCACGUGCCUCAGGCAUGUCCAUGCCCGAGAUGGUGAUGGAGGACGGAUCCCGAGGUCCAGCUUUGCAAACCCUUCCGCCGAGAGAGAACCUGCUCAGCACCGGGCCCGCGACAAGUUCUGGAGAACCUUUGCCGCCUGUGCCGGCCACGCCAUACUUGGCAGGAGUGCUUAACGGCUGGGCCGUGAUUGAUCGCAGUGCUGUGGACGCGAAAGUCGUCCGAGACAGCCCGGCACCGAAGCGGCGAGCGGAUAAGGCGCCUGCCGCUUGA